CAGUCUAAAUUCUGCUUAAUCUACGAAAAGGGGGGGUUCCAGACCGACGAGGAAACAGUUUUCAGACGCUGCACUGCAAGCAUGUUAAGUUAUCCCCCCACUGUGCAGUCUGGAAAUCGGGGAGCAAUUUUCUGGCAGUGAAUUCUAAUGAGCUGCUAAAGAUGCCAGAGCGAGUGCGUGCACCCGGGCGUUUUCUUCUUUCCCCUCCCCCGCCUCUUCCUUUUCCCAAGCCCCCUCUUCUCCCUAUUUCUCCUCCUCCUCCUUUAUCCCCUCCCUCUGUGUCUCAGUUCUGCAGUAAACGAGGCUGAGGCACAUUCCUGCUUUGCAAGGCUUUCUGCUAAGGAUGUUCUGUGGCUUUUGUUUGGAUUGCAGCAUGCAGAAUUACAGCUGUUCAGAGGAGACUCAUUACAACUCCUGCUGAAGUCCUAGCCUUCCUCCCUUCUCUUCUGCCCCUGCCCCCCACCCUCACUGGCUGAAGACCUUGUACCCAGAGUUUGCCUUACUCCCCUGGUGCUAUGUGUAUGGUAAACCUGGUACUAUGGCCGCAUCUGGGACUGGCCAGACAACUGCUGCUGGUACUCCCUAUUCCAAGAAGGAUUUAAAGGGGAAUUACACUGCAGGCAAUGCACCAGAGCGGCAGCAUCGCGAGCUUGGGGACUAAGGCUCCUCGGGCAUUAUUGCAGACACACAGAGCUGACCGCAAUGACAGCAGCUGCUCCUUUGAACUGUUGGCAGCAGCCAAGCGGCAGCAUGAAGUGAAAGAUCACUCCUGAGCUCAAGAUGAACUCUACCUUGGAUGGUAAUCAGAGCAGCCACUCUUUUUGCCUCUUGGCAUUUGGCUACUUGGAAACUGUCAAUUUUUGCCUUUUGGAAGUAUUGAUUAUUGUCUUUCUAACUGUGUUGAUUAUUUCUGGCAACAUCAUUGUGAUUUUUGUAUUUCACUGUGCACCUUUGUUGAACCACCAUACUACAAGUUACUUUAUCCAGACCAUGGCAUAUGCUGACCUCUUGGUUGGCGUAAGCUGCCUGGUCCCUUCUUUAUCACUCCUCCACUACCCGCUUCCAGUAGAGGAGUCCUUGACUUGCCAAGUAUUUGGUUUUGUAGUAUCAGUUCUGAAGAGUGUCUCCAUGGCCUCUCUGGCCUGUAUCAGCAUUGAUAGAUAUAUUGCUAUCACUAAACCUUUAACCUAUAAUACCCUGGUUACACCCUGGAGACUACGUCUGUGUAUUUUCCUGAUUUGGCUAUAUUCCACCCUGGUCUUCCUGCCUUCCUUUUUCCACUGGGGCAAACCUGGAUAUCAUGGAGAUGUGUUUCAGUGGUGUGCGGAGUCCUGGCACACCGACCCCUACUUCACCCUGUUCAUCGUGAUGAUGUUGUAUGCCCCAGCAGCCCUUAUUGUGUGCUUCACCUAUUUCAACAUCUUCCGCAUCUGCCAACAGCACACAAAGGAAAUCAACGAAAGGCAAGCCCGCUUCAGCAGCCAAAGUGGGGAGACUGGGGAGGUGCAGGCUUGUUCUGAUAAGCGUUAUGCCAUGGUCCUAUUCCGAAUUACUAGUGUGUUUUACAUCCUCUGGUUACCAUACAUCAUCUACUUCUUAUUGGAGAGCUCUACUGGCCACAGCAACCGCUUCGCAUCCUUCUUGACCACCUGGCUUGCUAUUAGUAAUAGUUUCUGCAACUGUGUCAUUUAUAGUCUUUCCAACAGUGUUUUCCAAAGAGGACUAAAGCGCCUAUCAGGGGCCAUGUGUACUUCUUGUGCAAGUCAGAUGGUAGCUAAGGACCCUUACACAGUUCGGAGCAAAGGCCCUCUUAAUGGAUUUCAUGUCUGAAGUGGUUCAAAUAUUGAGUCACUCUGUGUUUUGUGUGUGUGUGUUUCCUUUUUAUCUUUUUGUAUUUCUAGUUCUCUGGGAAAUGUGGGACAAAAUAAUUUGAUUCUAAGCUAUAGCUAACAAGUGAUCCAUCCAAAAUACCUUGUUAAGUUUGCAGAAAUGAUUUUUUUAAAUGCUUUUGAAUGAGAAGAAUCAGGACCAUGAGGAUAAAUUGCUGUUCAUAAUGUCAUGGAAGUGACUGUAUUUCUCAGAUUUAAAAAUGAAUAAAGCCAUAUCUAACACCUCUCCAGCUGGCAUGACUGAACCUGGUUGUGAAAAGCGUCAGCAUUUUUAAGUCUUUGUUUUCUUGUGCUUUUCUGGGUUCUUUCCAGCUGUUUAGGCUUCAUGUACAAUUGAUUUAAUAGGGAAUAUUAAAAUACAGUGAUGAAUUAACUGUAUAGUAAUUAAGUGAUGAAUUCUUCAUGUAUGUCAAGGUAUAACUAUGCUGCAGGUUUCCACACUGUCCUUCAGAAAGCCGAAUGUUUUGUCUUAUUCUCUUGAGAAAAUUCUCAAUGCAGUGAAUAAUGUGAAAACUAAAACAUUAAUUUUAAAUUUGUGCAUUGAAUUGUGAAGCAAAAGUACAGUCAAAUUAUAUAAUUUAUAUAAAAAACUAAGAUAUAUUUUGUGCCAUCCUUCACUGAGACCUAAAGAGAUGUAUGUACUGAAAGUGAUUGUGUUCUAGUAUUUUUGCCCAUGCCCUUGUGUAUGUAUUAAGAAUAUUUGAAUUGAGUUAGAUUUCUCUUUUAUAGCCAAAUGCAUUUUAAUAACCUGAAAAAUAAUUAAAUGAUAGGCUUAUGGCUGCCACUUUUAUAAUGGUGAAAAUACAUUAAAAUGUAUCUUUAGUUUCUCUGCUUUUUUUAUCUAGAGACCUUUUGAAAUAUUAGAAUAUCAGGAAAAAAAGCAUCCUAAGCAACUUGAGUCAGAAAAUACACUAUACAUUUAGCUAGUUCUUUUUUUUAAAAUAGAAGGCAUUGAUUGAGGUGUUCUCUUUGUAGUUAAAUAAAGUGGCAACUAAUUCUUUUUAAGAGCAUUCUUUCAGUCAGUGUGAAGAAAUCCAUAUUUAGUGUUAAGGAAUGAGAGAAGAAAUUCUGAUUAAGUCUCCAUUGCUAUUCUCUUUCUGGGGAAAAAAAAGAAACAUCAUUGGGUUACAGUUCAUUUGCUCAAAUAGGUUUUGUUUUGUUUUUUUUUUUCAGCCAAAAUACUAGCAAAAUCUAUAGAAUUAGUAAUUGAGAGUGCUGUGUAUUUGUAUGUAUAGUGCUGUUUGGUUUCUCAAAGUGGUUAUGUUUAGAGCAAGAGGUUUAUUUUUCUAAAAGGAAAGAAGGAUUUCCCAGCAGCUCCAGGCAUAAAGUAUUUCCUUUGCUUUCUGCUGGUUUUAAUGUUUUGGAAGUCUUCAGGGAACUUGCAUGAUCUCUGCCUUUGGCUAGAUGUUGUAAUAGGAAUGUGACAGUGGUGUUCAGUGAGAUGGAAGAUAGAAGAAAACGAAGGGAAAUGGGUUAAAGUGGAUUUUUGAGUCCAGGGAAGGAUAUGGAUAUUUGUAAAACAGGCAGAUAUCGUUUGGUUUUCCAUCUUACUCCCAUUUGAAAUAAAGGAUAGCAUUCUUAUGAUGUUAGAUUUUAGAGAUUUGCUUUUAACCUCAAAAUCAUUCUACUUAAGCAUUUUUAUUUUUAAGAGAACAAGUAUUAGCAUAAACAUUUAAAUUUCAGAUUCUGAGUUAUUCCCAAAAGCUUGAAAAUUUGGUUCUAAGUUAUUUCAAAAUUUAGAACUCCUGCUGAAAUUGUGAGUUAACAGUGGCUUUGUUAAGUUGCCAUUUGAAGUAGAAAACCUUCUGUUAGAUUCUGAAAAAUAGCUAUAUAUAAUUUCCCUUUAUUUAAGUGGCACAGAUUUUUUUUAAAAAUUUCUCUCUUUCAUGUAUAUAUUAAAGAAUGUAAACUGUUCAAAUUGGCACAGUUUGCUUGUCAGUUUUUAGUUCUGCCAAUAUGGUAAUCAUAAAGAUUAAUUUUUAUAGAAAACUGAUGUUAAAUCUACUAAUUAGUCAGUUAGCAUCAGUUUUUACUUUUGGGACGACUGAGCCCUUUUAAUUUUUUCUUGCAGUAGGGUUCUGUCUUAGAGAAAACAGAAAGGCUUUUGGAAAAGAUUUUUUGGAAAUUUUAUGAAGAUGAGGAAAUCUGUUUAAUUUUCUGGAAAUGGCUAAUCACACUGAUAUUUUAAUGACUGGAAAGGCAACAGUUCUUUUAAUAAGAGCUUUUGUUAAUGGAUUUUUACAUUUUUGCCCUAAUACCAAAUUUAGAUGUUGUCAGAGGUUCCCCCCCCCUCAACCCACCGCAGAUUAGAACCUCUAUCAAUGUCUCAGCCUAAAACUAAAGUAGAAGUUAAGUAGAUAUAGUAAUUUUAAAGGAAAACAAACCACCACCACCCCACCCGCCCUCUGUGAGGCUUGCUUAAUAUCAGAUGUCUUUCCAGUUUAUCUUGUCACCAUUGGACCUUGUAAAUGCUAAGGUUUCUUUCAGGUAUCAAUUCUGUUCUCAUAUUCCUUAUCUGUACUGCUUUUACAUUUUUGUUUUCUUGAGGUAUGUGCAUGCUGGGGAGAAGAGAUGUGUCUGGAUACAAUCAUACAGUCUUCUCUGGCUGAGGCAGUUUCUGUGUGAUAUAUUUGCAGAGUUUGUAUGUAUUUAUAAGUAACCUUUUCAUCCUGGCCUAUUUAUUGCAACAUUUAAUGACAUUUUGUUUAAAUACCAGUUUUAACUGGUUGAGAAUGAGAAAAAGUAUUAGAGUCAGUCACCCUAGGCUUUGGCAAGACAAGCCUAUUUAACUUUAUAUGGUAUAUGACUGAUAUCAGAGGAAGUGUAAGCUUUUUGUGAUUGUGUUGAAAUUAUUUCAUAGGAAAUUUAAAAAUAAGACUAUACUAGUUGUAUCUGUAGUUAAUUGUGUUUUUAAUACAAUGAUUUCACUGAAGGUGUGUUUUUUGCUCUUAGAGUGGAAAAGCAAUUACAAAAGGACAAUUAUUCCACUUUAAUGAAAAAAUUGUCUUACAGCAGAAUGGCUAUUUGCAUUUUUCAUGGACCUGUUAGUUCUUACCCUAAAUCCCAUUUUGAAAAGGAUUUUCUUUAAGGUUUAUUGCUGGAUAAAUACUAUUUUGAGCCUCUUAAAUGACUUUUCCUUUUUACUUGAAUAAUGGUCUCAGUAUUUUAAGAAUUGGGAAAACUUGAAUUUUUUGUACUGUUAAAUGCAUUUACUCUUCACCUCUUUGAACUUGAAAAUGAAGCAACAGGGUUACGAGUUCCCAGGUGGUAUAGUGAUUUCUGGGAGUUUCCUCAGCUUUUCAGGUUUGAUUAAAACAUCAGCUUUUGAUGAUGAUGUAGGAAUUUUACUGACUCUGUGUUUUUGUAUCAUAAAAGACUUGUGAAAUAAAUUAUUGACAAACCGGAAUUUAUUGCUAUAUGAAGAGAUUUGGGGAAGUUUAAGGAUGGGGAGAAUCAUCGAAUUAUGAAAAAAUUCUAAAGGCUUCAUAAGUCAUUUGUGUUGAUUUUUAUGUACUUUUUCCAUUUCAGGUUAAAGUUUUAUAUUAAAUAUACAUAUUAUUAAUAUAUUUUGCAGACCAAAGGAAUGUUCUAGACAUUUCCUAUGGCUAUAAAUGAGUCAUUUGGCUUUUCUUCAAAAUUUAGGUAAUAAGGGAAUCAUGAUAUGUAAAAUGAACUCUGAACAGAGAAUCUGUGAUUCUGUUACUAAUUGACACAUUUUGUAAGGGCUAGUGGCUUCUCUAAGCACUUGGUUUUUUCUAUUUAUAAUAAUCCUUUCAUCCUUCACAGGGUUACUUUGAGGACUGAAUUAGAUAAUGGAUGUAAAAGAACUUUGUAAUAUGUAAAGUGCUUUGCAAAUAAAAAUGAAUACUGUUAUUUAUCUGCCAUAGUUUUAUAUCUAAGGAAGUUUUACAUGUUGGUGUGAUAUUACCCCAUGUAAGAUCUUUGAAAGCCAAUCCCACAUUUAAGUAGAGAGGCAUGAUAAAUUCUCACCUUUCUAAAAUGACAGUAGUUUAAAUUGAACAUAAAACUAUUCCAUUUAUUCCCUUUCCUUGUUUCUAAAGUCUCUAAAGCUAGGUUCAGUGUGUCUUCAUACCUUUAUCGCCCAAAUCUAACAUGGAACCUGGCUUAGUAUCGAAGUUUUGUUAAGUUUUACAGAACUAAUGAAUGACCCUCUCUAAUGAUCACUUCUAGUCACUAUUAUAGAGCAGUAAUAGUCAAAGGGUAUUCUGAAGCCCAUUAGCAGUUUUUCAUAUGGUCAAGGCCAUUCUAAACUCCAAAUAGUAAACAUCUCUCUUUGUACCAAGAAGUAGU